CACAUAAAAUAUCCUUGUGUGUUGUCAGCUUCAAAAACAACUCCGGUUCCAUGAGCUUUGGAGCUAAUGAGCAGAUGAUUGGUGAGAAGACUGGAGUGGCAAGCGGGGCUUUAUUCUUGUCUGGAAGUGACCACUAAUUCUAUAAUUACCUAAAACAGCCCUUCCUGCAUCUCAGUUCCUGACCUGCUUCAUGGUGCUUUGGCUUAUGGUUUCUCUCUGUAAUUACUGGGUUUAUAGGGCCUGGAACUCCACUUGUAAAAUGCCAUACUAUUGAUUUGGGAUUUGCUGGCUUGUGCUGUUCCUCUGAGGGGCUUCAGAGUCUGAGGCUGCCUCAUAAAAUGACUUCUGUGAGGGUUCUGUGGAGAGAAUUAGUUUGAGUGCUGUAGGGUGUGCCUAGAGAGCUCACUGAGCAAGUUCAGAGGCUGUGGAUAAAUUGCUGGGAGGGCUGAGAUUUAACCUCCCGUAAAUCCAAAAGCUUAGGUGAUCAGGAAUUCCUCUCAGGUCCUCUGGCCUACACAUGAUGCCAAGAGCCAGAGUUAAAAUCUUGGGCCAUUCUUGUCACGUGAAGUAAAAACCACAAAGGUGGUUUCAGGUGAAGUGUGGCUGUUGUUCCUUGGGCUGACACUCCUCCAGGCUCCUGUCUGUGUCACAUCCAAUGCUUGACUGUUCCAUCUUGUGUCCUGUAGCUGCAGUAAUGGGAUGGAGACUGAAAGGAUGCUUGGAAAGUAUUCAAACAGUUGUGUGGUAACUGUUAAGCUCUGCUUUAAUCCUUGCUGUGUUGGAGAAUUAACACAACUGACUGGUGUUCUCACAGCAGGGAGUCCCCUGACUGAGAAAAGCAGCUUGAAGUUUUUCCCAUGUCAGGGACACUUGGGUCCUGCAGCAGGUGGCUUUGCAGAACGUGUGAACACACUGGGUUGUGCUGAUUUGGCAUAGGGGUCUGUUCUACUGGCCAUUUACAAGUUGUUUAGGAUGUACAGUUUGAUUUGUAAAAUUACCACUGAGUUUUUUAUGUUUGCUAUUAUAAAACCCUUAGUUCCUUUAUAGAACUAUAGAGUCAAAGUGCUAGGUGUCAUGGAAAGCAGUGCAAGUCUCUAGAGGCAAAUAGUUCUUUUUGGGAAAACAAAGCCAAGUGAAGUGCAUGGCAGAGAAGCAAAAUGGUGCAAGUCUUGUGUCAAAGAUUCUUUUAAGCUUGAGUAUAAUUGCAGCAUGUGAAAUGGCAGAGCAUAAGGGUUUGAAAUGCUGUUUUGGUGGGGUUAUGUCAAUAGAUGAUGUCAUAUGCACAAGUGAGAGCAGAUUUCCCUGGUGAAAUAGAGCUAAUGGUACAGACAGGCUUAUUUAAGCAAAAUUGCCCUCAAUUUUGGCUGAAAGAAGUGAAAAUUGUACAGUAAUUUCAGCAAGAGGCUUUCUAGCCAGUAAAAUAUUCUGAUUAUUAAAGUUUUAAGAAAAGCCAGGGUGUUGUCUGUAGGUGACUGACCAAAGUGGGUCUGGGGUGCAGCUGCACUCUGCACAAGCAGUGCAGGGGGAAGGUGGAGCCUGAAUGGGCAGCUCUGAAGGAAAUCUUUGCUGUGCUGGUAUAAUGUAGGUCAAGUCGUUGUCAGGCUGCUGUUGAACCUCACGAGGCAUCUUUGAGGCACCCUCUUGGCACAAAAAAACUUCACUUGGCCCAGGGUAGGUCCCCCGCUGUUUGCUGCCAGAUUAUGGAGUAGUGAGGGAUGGUCACUGCCCCACUCCAGCCUUGGGGCCUUGUCCCUCUUGUGCUGGUCACAUCUCCAAGGCCUGGCUCCUUUUGGGACUGGCCAUCUGAUGACUCUGGAUGCAGCUGUAUCCUCUUGAAUAUUCACGUGCAGCUGCCAGUUCUUGCACUUUGAACAGAGCCUCAAAGGUGAAUUUUAAAAAAAAGGCUCAGAUGUGAAAAUACCUGUUGAAAAGACAAAUAUUAGAUGUAGGUUUUUGAAGUACUGCUCUUGACUUUCUGCAGAGUUGAAACAUGUUCUUGCCAUGGUAAUGAUGGCAACACAGCUGGAGUGUUUUGAUAGCUGUGUUGAGGGGUUCUAAGCUUCUGUAUGAUCCUGGUCCUCGAGGAUGGCUUAUUUGAGAGCAUGGAGCUCUCAAAUGCAUUGAUAUUUCCUCACUCUGUGAUGGGAAAACCACUUCCUUUACAGGAUGGUGAAAUGCCUCUCCAGCUAGUGGUGCCUUCACCUUUCCUUUGUAGGUGAAUUUCUCCUACUGCUACUCUUUCCUGUUGCAGAACGUGCCCUGCCUUUUUCCAUGUUUAUUUCCUUCUGUACAUGUUUCAUUCCUUACAGUGAGCAGGUAGCUGGUGUCUCCCUGCGUGGGACAAAGGGGAGGCCACCCCAUGAGUGAGUGUGUGACCUUGCAGGGCUGGUUCCUGCUAGAGCUGCUCCGUGUGGAUCCAGUCGGUCUCCAAGUCUGGUGUCCCUUGGUGUCUCACUGCAGAAGAGGUGGUACUGUCCUCUCAGGGGCUUUGGUCUGGGCCUUAUUCCUAGGGGUGCUGGAGAGAAGUGCUUGUGGCCACCUUAGGUCUGUCUGUCCUGUGGUUCUGUUUGCUCCUGUGAUCCAGCAAACCUGCCAGAGUGGCUUUUCAGAGUCCAGGGGCUGUGAGGAGUGUGAGGCUCUUACUUUGCCUGUGCUCAGCAAUUGUUGCAGCCUUUGCAAAGAAGCAACUUGAGCAUGGCUGGCAGGAGGGUGGGAGUGUGUGUGGGCUGAGGUAAUGGAAAACAGGGCCAGGAUGGGUGGCGGUUCUGGGCUCCUUGCCACCCAGACAGUCCCUCAGGGCUAAGUUCAUGCUCCUACCCAGAUGCCCCAAGCCAUGUCCUGUGUCUCUCGUGUGUGCCAUUACUGACUAGCAGCCAAACUCAACUUUUCCUUCCCUCUCUGGGAACCAGCACCCAGGUCCUUACUCUCCUCACUGUUUUCCCAAAAGGGUGUUAAAGACUGGAUCCUACUUAGAAAUGUCAGAAAAAGCUGCAAGGAAUGGGGUGGUUUGGAGCUCAGUGUUGGAUGGAGCACAGUGCCUUUAUGCCUGCCCUUGGCUAGUGGGCAGUAGGUUCUGGCAAGCAGCAGCAAGUGCAAUCGGUUGUGUUGAGUGAGGUUUGGAGGUUUUGUGAUCUGGUAUUUAUUAAGGAUUGCUUUGUCUGAGCCUGGUUCUCAAUGUGAACAAGGAGAGCUGAGCAUGUGGGGUGGGGUACAGAGGUGAUGCUGGACUUGCAGGUGUGCCUGAAGGGGCCAGGCUUGUCCUUCUGUUUGCAGGGAGCACAGGGAUACCCUGCUGGCUGGUUUACCUGCAUACACAUUUCUGGGAACAGCUCUGUGUUGUGUUGGAGCAGCUCUUGAGUGGCUGGCCUUUUGAUUGUCUUACAUAAAUGGGUUUUAAGCAGUGCCUAAUUGUGGCCAAGUAAAUCAAUCAAAUAAAUCAAAUGUUAAUUAAGAUAUGUGCUCUCUUCAGUUAUAUGAAGAUGACUUUUGCUCUUCUCGUUUCUUCAAAAACUUCCUUCUCUCUUUCCACCACUUCUGUCACCUCUCCCUGACCAAGCCAUAAGAACCUCUAUGGGAAAAGGAUCCUGGAGAAAACAAGCAAGAAAGGACAAGGAAUAAAAGAAGGGGGGAAAAGGUGGCCAAGGGUCAAAAGUGAGAAUGGGAAAAGGGAAGGGCCUGGGAGGGAUGCUUGGCAGGGCACCUCUGACAGUGCCCACCCACACUGAGCUGGCUGUGCCAGCACUGUGUGCUGCUCCCAGAGCUUCCUCCAGGAUGAAGGCAUGGCCACCAUCCUGCUUGAACUGCAAAUGACAGAGAGAGGGAACAGAGUGAGGCCACUCAGAGUUGAUGCACCUGAUUCACCUCAAGUGAUUAGUUUAUGCUAGUGCUAGAAACAGUCUUUGUUUCAAUUGAAGGCAAUUUUGUUAGAAGGGUCCUGCAGUUUUACACAACAAUUGACUGGGGCCUGAAGCCUGCUGAGCCCCAUCCAAGUCUGUUGAUUUACUGCAUUUAAGAGAAAACAGUUUCUCUUGUCCAUUUUCAAAUUAAGCCUUAGGUUUUACAUUGGUUUUGUUUUGGGUUUUUUCAAUGAGUAAUAAUUGCAGGGAGAGUUGAAGGUUUAUUGUAGUUGUUGAGGUAUUUGGCAUUUCACUACUGCAGCCACUUUAUCCAUGCCUGUUCAUGAAACUUCCCACUGCUCCUUACAUUUGUUCCAAAGCUUAUAACUGCUAUUUUCCCAGGGGUGUCCUUGAUGAAAGGCUCCUAGCAGCCCUCAUGGUGCUAUUUUGAGGCAGUGAAUAUUACCUGGACAUUGCUGCAGUGGUGUAAAGCUGUUCCCUGGGUGUAAAUGCAUGUGAGGACACCAAAAACAGUGCACAGCUACAGCUAAUGAGUAAAGCUUUUCAUUUAAUAGUAAGGGCACCUCUGGUGUUAAGAACAUCCUUCCCUGUUCCCUUCUUGUACUUUCAAGCCUUUUCUUCCAAUUUUGUACAUGGAAAAUAAAUGGCUGUAGCUAAGGGCAGUAAUAUGCCAUGGGACCACUCUAAGUGCAGGGCAUCCAGCCAGUCCUUGUGAUCUCCAGAGAGCACAGGACAGCGAGAUUGAGGAAUCUUGGCUUCAUCUUCAGUGUCUUGAAUUAGGAGAGAUGCUUCUACUUGUUCUCUCUCAUUUCAUGGUUCUAGGAAAGGAGUUUUUUCCAGCUCCUUCCCAAUUCUACAUCUUGCCACAACCUUCUUGCUCAGUCCUUCACUGUUCUUCAGACUUUUCAGUCUUCUCAUCUUUUCAGUUCCUCCUCCAGUCUUCCCUAGCCACUGCCAGGACCUUUCCCUGGUCUCUAGGAAAAGCUCAGACACCACUGCAAACACGGUGCUCCAGCAUGAAUCUGUCCCCUUUGUGGGUUGCUUGGCAGUGUGCCUGAGAGCCCAGCUGUGACCGUGGUGGAGAAUGCUGAUGAAAGCUCUGAAUGGGUGGAGCUCUGCUUGCUGGAGACGCUUGUGCCUGCCCCAGGAGAACAUCACUUCCAGAGACAUCUCUUUACUGAUUUGUGACAUUGGUUUUCCAGAAAAACGGCAUGUUCCAAUAUAUUUUUGUGAAAAUCCACCCAUGUGAUAUUUUUUGAAUUCUUGCUCUGAUGCAAAGUGUGACUACAGUUCCUCUUCAGAAAGAUUAGUGGAAACAGGUUUUUUUUUCAGAAACUCCUGUCUCACAGCCCACCCCUUGUUCCUCCAGGGUCACUCAUUCACUGAGGACAGUGAUGUCACCAGUCAGUGCCUGCAUCAGCCCUGAGCUGCCCCUGCAGUGGCACUGCCAGCUGUGGGGACAUGGGUGCUCAUGCACAAUGUGUGAGGUCCUGCCCUGAGCCAGUGGCUGGGGCAGAGGGCAGGAGCCCAGGGUGGUGCUGUGGGGAGGGAUUGCUCAUCCCAGACAGGGCUGGAGAUGGUGACUUGCUGGAGACAGCCUCAUUCAGGAGCCUUCAGUCAAACAGGUUUAUGUUUAAGAGCUGUUGAGCUGAAAAGCUCCAAGUUAAGGAAAUACUAAGUUUUGAAGCUUAACAGCUUGUGAUUUUUUUUUAAUUUUUUUUUUUUUAGGGAAAAGUGAAACCAAAGAAGACUAUAAAUCCAAGGAGCCAAGCCCUAGGAUUUAAUGCAGUGCAAGGGCUGAAAAGUGGAAUUUCCCACUGGUUUGUGUAGGGUUGUCUGCAGAGGUUGGCCUGUUCUUGCUCCCUUCAGAAGCAUUCUAACACCUGCCACGUGCUUUCAGAGGGGAGCUGCAGUGCUCCUGGGCACUGGGAUCAAGGAAAGCUCAUGUAUGUCCACCCUGUGACACACCCUAGAACAGAGUGGCCAGCCCGGAGGACACAGGGUGGGGACAGGCUCUGGCUGAGGAGCCCUGGGCACUGGAGAGGGGCUGGAUACCCAGGAGAGCAGGGUAUUGAACCGACCCACUGUCUGCCCUGAGCUUGAGGCAUCCAUCACUGUUCGGGAUUUCCUUUGCCUCACUGCCCUGCUGCUAAAGCACUGGGAUUUGUUUAUGACUAUGCUGAAGCUUUUAGAGGAAUUGGAGGUUUCAGUCCCCAGAUCCCAUUGAAAUCCAAGGGGUGUUCCAGUGGAGUAAAACCUUUGUGAACUCUGAAACCCUGCCUGCUGAAUAAUGCUUGCUUCUCUUGGGUUUCUUUUCUCUUAUAAAGUAAUGAUACACAUCAGAAUAAGGGCUUGUAGCAUGCUGGGCUCCCUCUGCAAGGGGCCACGAGACAUCCCUGUGGUCAAGAGCUGGAGGGAUGCUGCGGUUCCCUCUGUUGCCAAGAACUCCAGGCUGUGAUGGCUGAAUCCAAGUCCUGACUGUUCUUAACCCUUCUGCAAGACUGUGCCUGAAUGUGGUGGAGCUGAGGCUGAAGUUCUGUCCUCCUGGAAAGUUCAGGGUUGUUUUGAAAUGGCUCUUCUGUCAAAUGGCAGUAACUGUAGAGCAUCCCUUCCUUCCCUGUCUGUCCAGACUAUAUGGCAGAAGAAUUCCUUUCCUUGGGAUGAAGUUGUCUUUAUGUGUGUAAACUGGAUAAAGACAGAACAUGCAUCCCAGCUAGUCUGAAAGUUGUCUUUCCUUUUACCAAGGCUUUCAAAUUCAGAAAGCCUCUUCUUUUGGAUUUUCUGUAAGGAAUAGUUUGCAUAUUAACCCAAGGCUGGAGAUGCAGAUGGCAUGAGCAAACCACACAGGGAUUUGCUCACCGGCAGCAGGGCUGGGAUGUAGAGCUGAACUUGGUCUUUGUAAAGCAUUAGCCCAGGUUUUUCAUUUUAAUUUAAAUCUCAAUGUGCUAGAUGCAGCAGGGCCAGAUCCUGGCCGUUCCUGCUGGCUUCUCUUUCACAUUCCAAAGGGGUGUCCGGGGUGGGAAGGCUUCCCACUGAAGCAUGCUCUUAAGUCCAUGGCCCCAUUGAAUGGGCUUCAUGCUCUAUGAAAUGCCCGCUGCUCGUGGGACAUGGACCAGUGGAGCAGGGCGAGGGAAGCUCAUUUCACCGGGGGCACCUUCACUGCCCUGCAAGGGAAAGGUCAGGCUGCUCAGACUUUGAUUUGAGCUGCUGAAGGGCAGUCACUAAUCCAAUAAGCCACUGGGGACACAGCCUUAAUUCAGGCAUUUGCAAGGGUGAGUGGAAGGCAGUAACCCCAGGAGCUCCCAGGGCAUCCUGCACGCUCCUACCUGGCCCUGUCUGGCUUUAUGGAGUGUUGAGAACAUCAGGCUCUCAGGAACGUGCUGCACCAGCCUUCACACCCUGAGCGUGCUGGAAGAAAAAUAAACAGCCCCAAAGGUUUUCCAGUGGACAUCGGCUGCUCUGGCUGGAUUUGUGCUGGGAAUCUGAUCACACAGAAGCCUUCAGCAGUGGAGAAACAGAGACACAUAUGAGCUGCCUCUAUUCUGUGCCCAUCUCUGUUGUGCAAGACAGAUAGUCUGAGAUUCACCCAAUAUUGGUGUUGUUCUCCAGGCGGAGAGAGGGAGAGGAGGAGGAGGAGGAGAGACAGGGGGAGAGGAGAGCUGAUGCCUGACGAGUCACUCGGCGGAGGCAGAGCGGGCGGUACCACAAGUUCCCGGCGGCGCGGAGCGGCGCGGAGCAGCGCGGAUCGGAGCUCGCCGGCCGGAUCGCUCCCAUGUCAGCGCGGCGGCGGGGGACUGCGCUCCGCUAGCGACCAGCCGCCGGCCAGCCGCUCCUCGCCCAGCGAUGUAUUCACUGCUCUCAGCCUGCACUUGCCUAUGUUUACAUUUCCUGCUGCUGUGCUUUCAGGUACAGAUGUUUGCUGCUGAAGAGAAUGUGGAUUUUCGGAUACACGUGGAGAACCAGACGCGGGCGAGGGACGACGUGAGCAGGAAGCAGCUUCGGCUCUACCAGCUCUACAGCAGGACAAGUGGGAAACACAUCCAAGUGCUCGGCAGGAGGAUCAGUGCCAAAGGAGAAGACGGAGAUAAAUAUGCCCAGCUUCUAGUGGAAACAGACACUUUUGGCAGUCAAGUCCGGAUCAAAGGGAAGGAGACAGAUUUCUACCUUUGCAUGAACAGGAAAGGCAAGCUAGUGGGGAAGCCUGAUGGCACCAGUAAGGAGUGUGUCUUCAUUGAAAAAGUCCUAGAAAACAACUACACAGCUUUGAUGUCUGCAAAAUAUUCAGGCUGGUAUGUUGGAUUCACCAAAAAAGGGAGACCUCGGAAAGGGCCCAAGACCCGGGAAAACCAGCAAGACGUACACUUUAUGAAGAGAUACCCAAAGGGGCAAAUGGAGAUACAGAAACCUUUCAAGUACACAACAGUCACCAAGAGGACUAAGAGAAUACGACCCACCAACCCCAGCUAAAAAUAGACAAAAACAGUGUCACAAUAAGAAACCACAAAAAGGAAAAAAAAAAAAAACUGCACCAGAGGAAUAUUUU